AUGGUAUGUUUUUGUUUUCUGGUGGAUCAGAAGAGAGUAAUGAAAAAGACUAAACCGGUAGCUGGUUCCUGUUCCAGAUGUGGCUAUAGUGCACACGUUGCUGAUAUGUGUACUCUUACCAGAUUUUGUAAUAUCCCUUUUUAUUGGAAAUCUUGGAAGGCUAUUGUCUGUUGUUUCUGUGGUGCCAUUCUCAAGUCUUAUACAUAAUCAAUCGGUUAUUUUAAUUCACAAGUACAAUUAUAUCGUCUCUGUGUAAGGUGAUCAGGGAGAGGAAUAGGGUAGAAUAGAAAAUGGGGAUCACCCCCGGAUAUUAAUAUAGUAAGUGUGACACGAGUGCUUCCUUUUAAAACUUCUGCUUCCAUUUUCCUUUUUUCUUCUUUCAAAAAGUAGAUUGUCAUAAGUAUUUUUCUAUAUUAGAAGUUGGGUUCCAAGUGUCAAUCUUCAAUUUUGUUUGUCGGUCUAUGUGAGUCCUUGAUCAUCAGGAAUUUGUAUUGUUUAGAACAGUAUUAUUGGA